AUGUCAGAAGCGACACAGGAGGCUUAUCUUUUAGUUCCCUUUGGACAGAACGAUGAGUUCGUUGGCAGAGAGUCUAUUCUCAUAAAGCUAGUCGGCAAGAUCCUACCGAACGCAAAAAAGAACGACUGCCAGAGGACGGUGAUCGAAGGGCUCGGGGGCGUUGGUAAGACACAGAUCGCCCUCGAAGCUGCAUACCGCGUCUACGACCAGGACUCUGACUGCUCCAUCUUCUGGGUUCCUGCCGUCACCCUGAUGACAUUCGAGAACGGCUAUCGAGAGAUUGGCGAAGCACUCGAAACGCCCGGCAUCGAUGAUAAGAGGGCAGACGUCAUGACACUGGUCAAAAUGGCCCUCGAGAAGAGUGCCGUGCAUUGGCUUUUGAUCAUUGAUAGUAUUGACGACGUCAGCUUAUUGGAUAAUAGAAUUUUGCAAGACUACCUCCCGUUCAAUCGAAAAGGCUCGAUUCUGUUUACUACGCGUAACCACGAAGUGGCUAUACAACUUGAUAUUUCUAAGAAAGAUACGUUUAUAAUUAACGAGAUGAGCGAAGACGAAGCAUUAGUACUACUACAAAAUGGAUUGAAAGAACGGCAAUACCGAGACAUAGAAGCCACGAAGAACCUUAUUCGGCAUCUCGUCUGCUUGCCUCUCGCGAUUAAACAAGCAUCUGCUUAUAUGACACGAACAAAUGUAACGACAGUUACGUACCUACAACAAUGUCUUGCAUCUGAUAAGACUCAGAUAGACCUCUUAAACACCGACUUUGAAGAGCGGCGGCGGUACUCGAAAAACACAAACCCUAUUACUAUGACAUGGCUUAUAUCGUUUCAUCAUCUGGAACAAUCGUAUCCUCUGGCAAUAGAGUACCUUAAGUUUAUAUGUUUCCUAGCUGAAAAGAGCAUUCCUAUAUCUCUUCUACCCCCUGGAGAAGACGAGCAAGUAAAGGAAGUAGCAAUUGGAAUACUUCAAGGAUAUGCAUUCAUUUCUAUGCAAGAACAGGCGGACUCGUUCGAUAUACAUCGCUUAGUACGAUUGGCAACUCGAAAUUGGAUCCAGGCUGAAUGGGCGUUCCAUUGCACAAGGGUAAUAAGGCACCUGGCUAAAGUAUACCCUUUGCCCAAGGAAGAAAAUCGCCAGGUCUGGACAAAAUAUAUGCUGCAUGCUGAAAUCGCUUUAUUGGAACAGCAGUGCAACGACAGAGAGGCAGAGGCAAAUCUUCUUUCUGCUGUUGCGCGUAGCUAUAAUGAACUCGGCAAAUACGAAGAGGACGUAGAGCUGCGUUCGGGCAGUCCAGAGCUCUGGAAUCAAUUACUAGAUUUAUACCCUUGGUCGCCAGUCGACAGUACAGGAAGCCUGACGAACAUGUUGGAUAGUCAAGGCAAAUAUGAGAAGGCGGAACGAAUGCAUCGUCGUACGCUAGAUUUGAGGAGACUGUUACUAGAUGCAAAUCAUCCGUCAACACUGGAAAGCAUGAAUGACCUCGCUGAAGUGCUUCAUCAUCGAGGGAAGUACGAGGAGGCGGAACAGAUACAUCGAGAGACCCUAGAGCUAAAGAAGUCGGUGUUAGGCCUAGACCAUCCGUCGACACUAAACAGUAUGAAUAACCUGGCGCAUGUGCUCGACAAUCUCGGGAAGUACGAGGAGGCGGAAAAGAUGCAUCGAGAGACACUACAGCUAUAUAAGUUGGUAUUGGGUCUUAACCAUCCGUCGACACUAGACAGCAUGAACAACCUGGCUUAUGUUCUUGAUAGUCUAAGGGAGUACGAAGAGGCGGAAGACAUGCAUCGAGAGACACUACAGCUAUAUAAGUUGGUAUUGGGUCUUAACCAUCCGUCGACACUAGACAGCAUGAACAACCUGGCUUAUGUUCUCGAUAAUCUCGGGAAGUACGAAGAGGCGGAAGAGAUGCAUCGAGAGACACUGCAGCUAUACAAGUUGGUAUUGGGUCUUAACCAUCCGUCAACACUAGGCAGCAUGAAUAACCUGGCCAAUGUUCUUGAUAGUCUAGGAAAGUACGAAGAGGCGGAAGAGAUGCAUCGAGAGACACUGCAGCUAUACAAGUUGGUAUUAGGUCUUAACCAUCCGUCAACACUAGGCAGCAUGAACAACCUGGCCAAUGUUCUUGAUAGUCUCGGGAAGUACGAAGAGGUGGAAAAGAUGCAUCGAGAGACACUACAGCUAUAUAAGUUGGUAUUGGGUCUUAACCAUCCGUCGACACUAGGCAGCAUGAAUAACCUGGCCAAUGUUCUUGAUAGUCUAGGAAAGUACGAAGAGGCGGAAGAGAUGUAUCGAGAGACACGAGAGCUAAGGAAGUUGGUAUUAGGUCUUGACCAUCCGUCGACACUAGACAGCAUGAACAACCUGGCUCAUGUUCUUGAUAAUCCCGGGAAGUACAAGGAGGCGGAAGAGAUGCAUCGAGAGACACUACAGCUAUAUAAGUUAGUAUUAGGUCUUAACCAUCCGUCGACACUAGACAGCAUGAACAACUUGGCUCAUGUUCUCGAUAAUCUCGGGAAGUACGAAGAGGCGGAAGAGAUGUAUCGAGAGACACUAGAGCUGAAGAAGUCGGUGUUGGGCUCAGACCAUCCGUCCACUAUACAAAGCCGGGACGAUCUUGGGGAACUUCUGAAAACUCUGGAUGCUAGACAUGAAGGUUCUCCGGACGCAAGUUCUGAUGAUUUAAGUGAAGGCGGUGUCGCCCUAAAUGUUAUGACUAUAGGACAGUCAUGA